AAUAGAAAAGCUGAGAUCUAAACAUGGCUUCCUUCCAAAUUCUCACCAUUGUUGCAUUCUUCAUUCUUCUAGCCAAACCUAGCACCACUUCAGCUUGUGAAAAUUCUACCAUCUCCACCAACUUCACCCAAACCAAGAUUGAAUACAGUGCCAGCAAUUAUGGAAACACAAGCACUACACAAACCUUCAAAAACUACAUCAAAACCUCAUGCAACUCAACCACAUAUCCAUCAAUAUGCUACAGCACUUUAUCCCCAUAUGCUGCAAAAAUUGGAGCAGAUCCAUUGAAGCUGUGCAGUGUGUCUCUCUCCAUGGCAUAUAAGGCAGCAAAAAGUGCAUCCACCAACAUAUCAAAGAUUCUGAAGAAAAACAACAUGACAAGGAUUGCUGAACAAGUGGUGCAAGAUUGCUUUGGAAAUGUGAAGGACUCCAUUGGUGAGCUCAAAGAUUCCCUUGAUUCAUUGGGAAAUUUGGAUGGUGCAGACAGAAAGUUUCAGAUCAGCAACAUAAAGACAUGGGUGAGUGCUUCCAUCACCAAUGACCAAACUUGUUCUGAUGGGUUUGAUGAGAUGAAUGUUGAUUCAUCUUUGACGGCAAAAAUCAGAACUGGUGUUUUGGAUGUGGCAAGAAAAACCAGCAAUGCUUUGUAUUUCAUCAACAACAAUUUGUACUGAUUGAUUAGUGUUACAAUAAUUGGCUUUUCUUUUCUUUU